GUUGCUUUCUAAAGUGCACUGACGAACUGGUCGCGCGGGGACCGAAAGGAGCUUGACUCGUCCGGGGCAGAAGGGCGGAGAUGCUUCCUAUUAACGUUAAUAACGUUAUCGCUCUCGUCACUCGCGCUCAGGAAGGCGGUGCUGCUCUCCUUCUUCAUCCCGGAGGUGGACUGUGACUGGAAGCCAACAUUACUACACCACGUCGGGCGCCAUUGUUGGUUUGUUUUAUUUGUUAAACAAGUGAUGGGAUUCCUCCACCAGCGACCCUUCAAGGUUCUCUUGAUCGGCGAGGAUGCAUCCCCGUCAAAUACCAGGAUGACCAAAAAGCGAUGAUGGUUCCCAGAUUUUUGUACAACCGACAAACUUUUUGAACCUUGUUGACAAAGAAGUCAGCGACCACUCAGCACCGCUCGAGAAGGAAGGAUGGAGACCAAAGGGAGGGAGGAGGAGCCAUUAAAACCCACGUCAAAGGCGGAGACAGAGGAAGACGGGAGCUCCGGUCAUACCUGCGGCGUGUGCGGUCGCAGCUUCCCCCUCCUCAGCUCUUUGUCCCAGCACAUGAGGAGACACACCCGGGAGAAACCGUACAAAUGUCCUUACUGCGACCACAGGACUGCCCAGAAAGGCAGCCUGAAGGCUCACAUUCGGAGCCACAAACUGGGUCUCUUCAGCCAGAACCCUGGGGACACUGAUACAGCACAAGGAGGGGGGGACGCCGUGGAGCCCGACACCCCUGAGGAAGUUUCUGGUAGAGGUCACAACGCCAACGGGAAGGUGAAGAAGAAAGCCAGCAAGAAGAAAGAUUCUGCAGUUGAAGGUGAGGAUGAUGGCGGGUGGGACGGCGCGGGGACGUUCAUCUGUGCCGUCUGCAGCCAAGUCUUCCCUCAGGUGCUGCUGCUUAAGUCACACAUGAAGCGGCACCGCGGCGCUCGGGACCAUGGGUGCCGGAUUUGCGGGCGCCGCUUCCGCCAGGCGUGGUUCCUCCAGAGUCACAUGCGCAUUCACCGGGUCAAAGCCCAGCUGUGGGGUGGCAAGGGUCAGGAACCGCCCACCACCAUUAACGGGGUCCCCCAAGAUCCUGAGUCGCUGACCAACGAUGAGUGCCUCUACGAGCUUUGUGCUGCAUGCGGAAACUUCUUCCUUGACGGCAAGACCUUGAGGAUACACGAAAGGCUACACAAGCUGAACCACAGAGUACCGCAGGUCCCAGAGGCCUCUGAAAUGGGUGUCACGCAAAACCAGUUUUUGGAAGGCCUGAAGCUCACUCGUGUUGGACUGCACAAGGAGGACAAAAGUGAGAGACGGCGGAUUCCAGAGCUGGAUCCCGUUUGCAGCUACCAAGCCUGGCAGUUGGCCACCAGGGGGCGACUGGCGGAAGCCACAGAGAAAUGUUUGGGCUGGGAGGAGCGCCUUGCUGAUGCGGAGGUGGCGUACGACACAGAGAAGGGCGAGUACGUCCCCAUCAAGCACAACAAGAAAAGGAAGCAAAUGGACUCCUCGGGGCCCGGCGUGAAGAAGAAGAAAGGCGACUUGGGUUUCAAUCGGGCGGAAAAAAGUCUGGCUCAGGCUAAGGCUGCCUUCUCCACCUCCGACAAAAAAAUGUGCCAGAAAGACCGGAUCCUGCUGAACGGACUUGGUCAUGCUUUCUACCAGGCGCUGCAAAACAGAACGGUAAAGGAGGACGGAGUCUUCCCCAAACACACCAAUGACGGCAGGAAUAAGGAGUCUGAAGAUAACAAGCCUUUCUUCUGCGAGCACUGUGACUUCCACACCCCCGACGCCUCGCUACUCAGGUCUCACGUGCACACGCAGCAUCGGGACGUUCCGGCGUCUCGCGGAAAACAGAGCUCGCGUUCGGACAACCAAAGUGUCUCCAAGGCCUCGCGGUACAUGGACUACCUCAGGAAACGGAGCGCCUUGCUUUGUCAGCCAUAUUGGAACCCCUACCCUGGACCGCCUGGUGUGGGGUUGGCGGAGUUGAACAUUAAGACGGAGAAGGGCAAUGAGGAGGAGAUUGAAGUUCAAGGAAGAGAAUCAGACGGUGUUCUAAACUUGUCUUCAUUAGAUGGAGACAAAGGAAAAGUGUCUUGCGUUAAAAAAGAAGGCCUGGCGAGACAUCAUUGCCCGUACUGCUCGCACACCACCUGCUAUCCGGAGGUGCUGUGGAUCCACCAGCGGGUGUCACACAGGGUUGGCACCGGCAGCUCCGUGUCUCCCAAGUGGGCCCCGUGCGCGUACAGUCUUAGGAGUCCAAAGACGGGCAUUUCCCAAUGGAGGCGCACGGGACCCCCGCCGUUCCUCGAAGGGAAGGACUGCCCGACUUUGCCUGGCCCCAGGAGUAAGCGCACGCAACCACCAGGUGGCGCUCCAAAGAACAGCAGCAGCAGCAGCAAGCAGACGGCCGCCAAGAGCCAAUCAGGUGCCAAGUCCAAGCCUCAGUCUAAGGACUCUAGAUCGAGAGCGCCCGAGAGGAAGUCUGGUGAGCAGCAGCGGGCGGCGGAGGGGGCCGGUAAAGCCCCCAGAAGCCAGGCUAGCUCGUCCAGCAAGGGCGCCUCUGGGAGAACCACGGUGGAAGGAGUCUUCCCGAAAGAAGGUCUCGGCCUUAUGUUGGCCCGAAGUCACACCGGGGCGCCAUCAAAUUCAUCCACAGACAGACUCCACCCACAAAGGCGUUCAUGUGACUCCUCCCCAGCACCCAAAAAUGCUGACGUGUGGGCCGCCAUGAGCAUGUGGGGCCACAGAGCCUACUUCGAACCUUUGCUGUUCGCUCAGGGAAAGCGGGACACCCCAGCAAUGGACACGCCCGUGGACUUUGACGUCUUGAGCCUCCUGAAGAACUACAGCCCUCACGAGCUGGCAGCGCUCUACCAGCACUGGGGCUUCGUAGACCCCAGGCUUGAUCCACAAGCAAUGCUGCGGCUAAACGGGACUUACGGAAAUGAAGUCCAUUCCUCCUCUGAAGCUUCCAAACAAGUAACCAGUCGCUCCACUUCCACCUCAGGGUCUCUCCACAAAGGAACGUGAAGACUCCUCUGCGUCCUCCCCGCUGAUUAUCUGACUGACGCACCGUGACUUCCUAAAAAAUUAAUAGUAAUUAAGGCACUUGAUUAUUAUGCACAACAUAUGCAAACAAAGUAUUUUUUUGUGAGACAAAGUUGGAAUGGGAGUAAAAUGUGAAACUGGAAAUAAGACUACAAAGACAUUUGAUUGUAAGACAGUUCUGUCCUUGCAUUUCCUUUAAUAGGGACAUAAAUUCAUCGUUGUUAUACUUUAUUUUCUUUAUCAGUACACAUUUCAUUUAAAGCAUGCCAAAUGGACAAAACCACUGACAGCUUUAACUCUUGACAUUCCCAACUUACUGCAAAUGUUUUACUUUUUGCCAAACUGUAGAACAAGUCUCUCUCCUUUUCUGUGUGAAUAUCAGCACUGGUGUCAUUCAUGCCAGCAAUGUCCUCAUUUAUUAUCUUCCAAGUCCAAAGACUUAAACCAUCACAUCAUUGCUUACUUUUGUGUUUUCCCCCUUAAUUUUAGCUUCCAUUCCCUGAACUGUAUUUGUGUCCUCCUAGAGAGAGAAAUAAUGUGUUUGCACCAAAAACAAACAAAACAAGCCAUCAACUUGUGACUACUACUGAGAGUGACGGGUACUGACUUUGAAAUCAUUUGUACAUGAUAGUUUUAUUUAUGUUUUUUGUUCCGAGUGAAAUUGUAACACUCUUUAUGUACUUGAUUUAUUUGUAGUCGGAAAUGUUGAACGAAAGAUAAUAAAUU